AUGCCUGCUAGAUCUGAGCUCACCCCGGCUCUCAGAGAGAGGAUAUGUGAGCUUCACUCGGCUGUCCACUGGGGGUAUAAGCGUAUUCACAACCGGUAUCCAUGGAUUUCUCUCUCUACAAUCCGGUAUACGAUUAAAAAAGAGCACGAACGGCGUGCUGGUGUCACAAAACCUCGCUCUGGUCGACCAAAGAAGCUUGAUGCUACCGACAAAGUACGUCUUUUGGAUGCUAUCUCGAACAAUCCACGUAUUACCUACGAAGACCUUCUUACUGAGGUAUCUCAUAAAGUGAAAAUUGACUCAAUUCGACGUCUUUUGAAUGCCGAAAACCUCCGGAAAUGGAGAUGUAGCUGGAGGCCUUAUUUAACUGAGGAAGCUGCACUUAAACGACUCCGUUGGGCUUUCCGUUACCGACACUUUACUCCUAAGGAUUGGGCCCGUGUUUUUUGGUCUGAUGAGUGUACGGUUGAGCGUGGGAUUGGUGUUCGUCGAGAAUGGACCUUUGUACGUCCAAGAGACCAGCCGAAGGAAGGACAAUGUCAAGGGUUACCACACCGAGGCAAGCAAGUUAAGCAGAUGUUUUGGGCUGCUUUUUCGGGAGCUAUGCGUCGAACAGGGCUUAUCCCGCUCUUUGGGAAUCCUGAUGCUGAGCGUACUGGUAUUACUGGCUUUGUUAUUGAAGAGUUAUACCGCCGGAUUCUACCUACUUUAGUAUUAAAUGAAGGGGCUAUUUUUCAGCAUGAUAAUGCUCCUAUACAUACUGCGUAUGUUGUUCGGGAUGCCUUACGUGAGAUGAAUAUUGAGGUUAUGGAAUGGCCACCACACUCGCCUGAUUUAAAUCCAAUUGAAAACCUCUGGGCGUUGUUGAAAGCCAAGAUAUAUGAGCUUCGGCCUGAUCUUAUAUAUAUGCGGAACAAUGACACAACAAAGGAGAUACUGGUGGCUACGGCGCAGCAGGCAUGGGAUGAAUUAGAUCUAGAUCAUCUAAAGCAUCUCUCUGAGACUAUGCCGAACAGGGUGGAGGCUAUUAUUGAGAGCCAGGGGUGGUAUACGCCGUACUAG